UUUCCCGCUUAUCGCGCAGCACGGUGUCGCUAUAAAGUGUUCUUCGUUUCAUUUAGUGGGACACGCGCGACCGGGCGGUCCCGACGUUAUCGGUAACCCGAGGGAACGCGAGGGGGCUAGCGGAGCGACCGAGGCGGCCGGAGCAGCGGAGCGAGCUGCCAUGGCCUCAGCCGGGGCCCCGGUGCUGGGAUCCACCCCUUGGGCCACUAAGGUGGAGCUGACCGUCUCCUGUGAGAACCUCAUGGACAUGGACAUCUUCUCCAAGUCCGACCCUCUGUGCGCGCUCUACAUCAACACCUCGGGCUCCCACUGGUAUGAGUUCGGGCGCACGGAGAUGAUCCUGAACUGCCUGAAUCCGAAGUUUGCUAAGAAGUUCGUCAUCGACUACUACUUCGAGAUGCUGCAGAGGCUGAAGUUUGAGGUGUACGAUAUUGACAAUAACACCUACGACCUGAGCGACGACGACUUCCUGGGGGAGCUCGAGUGUACCCUGGGCCAGAUUGUUUCCAGCAGGCGGAUGACUCGACGUCUGUUGCUGAAGGACAAGAGGCCUGCCGGUCGUGGGACCAUCACGAUCUGCGCUGAGGAAAUAACAGACUCCAGAGUGGCAGACUUUGAGGUGUCAGCCCGCAGGCUGGACAGAAAGUUUUUGUGGUGGUCCGACCCUUUCCUGGAAAUCUACAAGCUGGCAGAGAGUGGAUGGCAGCUGGCUCACAGGACGGAGGUUGUGUACAACAACCUAAACCCGACAUGGAGGCCCUUCCGCAUCUCGGUACGAUCUCUCUGCGGAGGGGAUGUGGAGAAGCCCAUAAAGGUCGAAUGUUAUGACCAUCACAUCAACGGCUCCCAUGACCUUAUUGGGAGCUUUAAAACCACACUGGCAGAGAUGCAAGCGGGAACGCACGUUUCCCCGGCGGAAUUCGAGUGCAUUAACCCCAGAAAGCUGAGGAAGAAAAACUAUAAAAACUCGGGGGUCAUUAGCAUCAAGCGCUGCCAGGUGGUGAAGGAAUAUACCUUUCUGGAUUAUAUUAUGGGGGGUUGUCAAAUCAACUUCACUAUCGCCAUCGACUUCACAGGCUCCAACGGGGAUCCUACCUCUCCCCAGUCCCUCCACUACAUCAACCCCGAAGGCUAUAAUGAAUACCUGACAGCCAUCUGGGCAGUGGGCAAUGUCAUCCAGGACUACGACAGUAACAAGAUGUUUCCCGUCUUUGGUUUUGGAGCCCAGGUCCCUCCCCACUGGCAGGUUUCCCAUGAGUUUCCUAUCAAUUUCAAUCCAGCAAAUCCAUUCUGCGCGGGCAUAGAGGGUGUGGUGCAUGCAUACCAGCAGUGUCUGCCCCAGGUGAAGCUCUGGGGUCCCACCAACUUUGCUCCGGUUAUCAACCACGUCGCCUGCUUCGCCAGGCAAGCUCUCCAGCAGAAUAUGGCCUCACAAUACUUUGUGCUGCUCAUCAUCACAGACGGCGUGAUCACAGACAUGGACCAGACAUGCGCCGCCAUUGUCCAGGCCUCUCAUCUGCCCAUGUCUAUCAUCAUAGUGGGUGUGGGCGGGGCGGACUUCAGCGCUAUGGAGUUCCUUGACAGUGAUGACCGAUUGCUGCGUUCGCCCAAUGGUGAUGUCGCCUCGCGAGACAUCGUCCAGUUCGUGCCCUUCAGAAGUUUCCAAGGAAGCAACGUGGCCCUCGCCCAGAGCGUCCUGGCGGAGCUGCCUGAUCAAGUGGCCUCCUUCUUCAACUCUUACAAGCUGAAACCCCCUAAUAUAUCCAGUGUUUCUGAGCCAUCCUAGAAAGGUGGGAUAAUUAACCCAAAUACCUCAUAUUUACCACUUGCCUGCAUCUCCUGCGCACUCGUUUUGUGCGGAACGGUGCCAAGAAUUGUUCUCUUACAGCCCGUGCUGUCACAUGAACGGGGCUGAAAAAUAAAAGUAAUAAAAAAAAUAAAUCCCAAUCAACCCCAAAUCCAUGGCUGGAUAUAAUGAUGUUUAAAACUCGAUGACGUGAUUUUUAAAGUGAAUAAAAGAGGAAUUUCAGUGCCGCAAUGCCUCGCUGUGCAUGAAGUCACCAAGCAAUCAGUACUCAAGUAAUCGCAAUGUACUCUACGCACGUGACGUGUGGAUAUGGCUUUGUUGGCGAAAUGUCAUUAUUUCUGAAACACUUCUUUGUUGCGUAAAUGUUUUUCAGUCUGCUCUCUGUAUUUCCUUUUCACUGCUGCUAAUGUCUCGAUGCUCUAACCCAUUGUAUUUCUUAGAGACCAGUUUUGUGCGUUAAUGCUGGAGUCAUCCGAGAAAGCACUGUGCUCAUACAGUGUGUGGUGUAUAGAUCUAGGAGAUAUACAGUAUAAGCAUCUGCUGCAGCCUACUAGAAACAGAAGAGAUUUUUUUUAGUGAAAUCACUGUUUUGUUUUUCACUUCAUCGGUGCUGUCAAAGUCGAGUUUACAACGAGGAAGAGACUGAACAUGUGACCGCCAAGAUGCCACUUCUUCUGUGGCUGUGGCAUGAGUCUGAUAAAGGAAACAAGAUGUCACAGCUUGGUCGACCUAAGUCACACCACAGUCCAAGAAGCUGUAUUCAGGUUUAUCUAGGGUCCAACUUUCUGAUAGGAAUCAACUACAACAACCUCUCGAUUUCACUGCGGCAACAGGGGAAUCUAGACAGCACAGAACCACAGUUCUCCUCUGAGCUCGUGUUCUGCUGAUGCUCCCUUUCGUCUUGACUAUCACCAGUCACUGGUGUCCAAGUCCAGGUUUUGUGGCUUUGUGACUUGGAAAAGUAGUCCUUUGGGUUCACUGCGUGUCUUUCUCAGAGUGUACACAAAGUCUCUCCACACGUUUUUAAUAUUUAAUCAAAUUUCCACUUUUGUGUAGCUGUGUUUGUGACCAUUUUACACACAUAAUGUGUAAUAUUUAUCUAUUUUACCAGCUCUAGUAUAUCCUACUAAUCC